CCUCCUCCUGUCCAUUGCCCUCGUUGUGGCUUACUUGUUCUGUCGGUUGUGUGCACGAUAGCAACAUGAGUGGAGCAAACGUUAAAAAGGGUCCUUCCGCCACUGUGACGGAGUGGAUCGGCACAGCUUGUCGGUUUGUAACGGACAGAAACGACUUUAGAAGGAAUCUAAUGGUCAACCUGGGCUUGUUUGCAGCCGGUGUUUGGGUUGCACGAAAUCUCUCCGAUUUUGAUCUGAUGUCUCCUCAGCCAGUCACCUAACGGAUUGAAAAUGCAUCGCUGCUAGACCCAGGAUAAUGGUGUCUUGGACCAACAAAAGAAGGGUUAUGAAUGAAUUCUUUAAGUCGAUUUACUUUCAAAAACAAAAGGUCUUGUUGAGCAGAAUUCAUCUCCUCUUUCUGUAGAAGAUUUUUUUUUUUUUGUUAUGUCAUUGUUGUUGGCCUCAAAAGAAACAAAUUAAAUCAGUGUCUCCAUUAUUGUUUUGUUCCUCGUAUUUAUAAAUAAAAUCUAAAUUGUAUGGUAGCGAUUCUUUUUUUUUUUUUUUUUUUCUACAGCUAUGUCUACUCAGGAGCUCUUUGUAGCUGCAGCUCGUAAAUGUUUGUCUGCUGGUAGAAAAUCUCUCUCCGUCUCCCAGAGUCUGGAUUUGGCCGCCCAGGUCUCAGCUGUUGAUUUGGGACUGAAACCGGCUUUAUUGUACGAUAGCAACGGAGCCGGAGCAGAUGAGGUGCAGCAGUAUUUGAGCUCUUUGCAGUCUUCCCAGCUCGUGUCUAAAUCACUUCUCACGUUGGAUUUGAAUGGAAACAGUCUUAUUGUUAAUACGCUUGCAGUCCGAUCGAAUGCGGAACGCCAGUUUCAUUUUAACGACGUGGCUGUUAUUGAUGUCUGCCACACGCUGGAGACACCCGCCAUCGCUGACGCGCUGGGAGGAGAGACAAAGAACAUGACAGAAGAUUUACUGCUUCUCCUCAGCGGGUUUGAACAACUGACGGCGGCUGAGAAACCUCAUUAUGUCGGAGAGAAGUCCGAUGGGUGGAACCUCUGCACCUUGUUUGGUGUUUUGUUGGGUUUUCCUGUCACUUACUGGUUUGAUCAGACAAAGAGCUUUGAAAACUGUCUGUCAAUGACUCCCCUGGUAGUAACUACAGCUUCAGCAACAUGGCAGUCAGACUCCGGGGGUCACCAAUGUUGUCUGUACUCCUUCAGCUUCCCGGCUGUUCUGUUUAAAGCGCUGCAGUCCAAUCUGAAACACUGGCGGCUUUGUUUACAAGAAAGAUUUAAUCAGCAAAAUGUCCUAAAGGAUCUUAAAUUUAGUCAAUCAACAGUAACUCUGCCCUCAGUCUGUUUGUGAUGCUGACAUUACAUUUGUUUUUAAAAUAAACUGUUGAAUGUUUUACACUUUCACCAUUAAAGAGCUAUUAUUUGAAUGAA